GAAAAUUAUCAUGGCAAAUCAUUGGUGAAAAUGUGUGGGAAAACUACAUAACUAUAUAUUUCAUAGAAUAUACUUUCCUGAUGUCAUUUGGCUAAGCUGUGUGACAUCUGGUGUCACAAAGUUUCUGAAAAUGAACUUAAAUAAUCUUUUCCCAACACGAGGGUACUUUAGUUCAGACGUCCUCACUCCAUCUCUGUCUCCACCUGGUGGCCGUGGGAUGAAUCUCAUCAGUUCUAUUAGUUUGGUCUGGAAAUAGAUCUCUACAUCGAUUACUCUCUUAAUGCCACAUUAGACUAGUGAGUCUAACGUUUAUUCUGUCAUGCUGGCAUGAGCUGAUAAUAAUAAUUUGAAAACGUUCAAUGUAUUAACCUGAUGAUACAGUAAUAUUUUGCUUUGCUCUACAGAUUUGAGUCCUAUCCUGAAAUCUGGUCUCAAUUUAACCCUGCUCUAUUUGAACUUGUCAUGUCAUUCAUUUUAUUAUAAAUACGUACCUUAUUGUCUUUACAUAUCUGAUUGAUAGUGAAAUAUAUUUAGGUGUCAGGAUGAGUUUAGCUUUCAGCAGGGCUCCUCGAAAGACUGCGGGAAACCGCAUGUCCAGACUUCUGGAUGCAGAAGAGGAGGAUGAGUUCUACAAGACCACCUAUGGAGGAUUUCACGACGAAUCAGGUGAUGAAGAGUAUAAGGGUGACCGGUCUGAAACAGAAGAUGAGGUGGACAGUGACUUUGACAUUGAUGAAGGGGAUGAACCUGACAGCGAGCAGGAGGAGGACGGGCCACGUCGGAAGAGCAGAGUGGUGACCAAAGCCUAUAAGGAGCCCGUUAAAGUGGUGCGGCCGAAACCAAAACAACGUAAACUGGCUGAACUGCCUAGGAGGACAGACAAGACAAAGAUCGACAAAUACAACCCCCCUGAACUACAGGAGGACAUCAGCAAGAACAGGAAGUCUGUUCGUCAGUCCACGACCGAACACACACGGCUGACGUACCUGAGGCUGCAGGAGAGGCAGGUUGCUCCACGUCGAAGGAAGGGUACUAGACAUGAGCGACCUUUGACCCAGGCUGAGCUUUUGGCAGAAGCCAAGGUCACAGCAGAGAUUAACCUUCGAUCGCUGGAAAACUAUGAGCGUUUGGAGGCAGACAAGAAACGACAGGUUCAUAUGAAGCGUCAGUGUGUGGGUUCUGUUAUCCGAUAUCACUCGGUGCUCAUGCCCCUGGUUUCGGACGUCACUCUUAAAGAGGAAAACGUGGAUGUAGAGGGUUUGGACCAAGAUGCCCUGCAGAAUCCAGGCCCUCACCUUCCACAAGCUCUUUCCCAGUCAGUAUCAACCCUUACUGCCCCACCUCGUGUCCUAUCCACUAACACAGCUGCUGUAAACCCUGCCAAAUGCUCCCGCACCUACAUCACAUUCAGUGAUGAUGAAUCUUUCCUGCGUUUCUUUCCCCAGUCCCCAGCUCCUCGAAUUCCUGUCCAGGAGGUCUGCCCUGUUACCCAUAAGCCUGCGCUUUACAGAGACCCCAUCACGGACAUUCCAUACGCUAAUGUACAAGCCUUUAGGAUAAUCCGGGAGGCCUAUAAAAAGUAUGUGACUGCCCACGGCCUGCCCUGCACGGGCACAGCGACUCCAGCCGAUACCACUGCAAAGAAUCUGCGGCAGAAGAUCAUUAUUAAACAAGGGAUGUAGAAAAAUACAGAAUAUCAAUCCAUCUAUCCAUCUAUCCAUCCAUCCAUCCAUCCAUCCAUCCAUCCAUCCAUCCAGUGUUCUUUGGUGACAUACAGCCAGAGUAUUUGUAAGUGGAAUAAGCUUCAUUGAUGUAUGGAAUGUGUAGUUUUUUUCUUUGCAUAAUGGUUUUAUGCUUUUUUUUUUUUUUUAAAUGCACUUUUUAAUGUGAUUAUGUGGUGAUAUGUAUUUAUAAUGUAUUCAUAUUAGUAAAAACAGCAGUAAUGAUUGCUGUCCUGUAGCCUAUUGAAUGUCACUUGUUAUUUUUUAUAAUAAAAAAAAAUUGGUCCAUCUAUAAAAUGUGCUUAUGUUGUAGAGAACCGACUUCUCAUUACAGCCAAUGUAUAAAAUUCGAAAAAAUUGUCAACAGAGAUAGCUUCAAAUUCGGGUCUCUCCUAAUUGCAAUACCGCGUCUAUACCCUAGAGGUCAGUCCUAUCUACCAAAAUGUAACACUUUUAAUGAGUAAACCUGAGUUAAUGAAACAGAUGACUACAUGAACUCUCUCUCUCUCUCUCUCUCUCUCUCUCUCUCUCUCUCUCUCUCUCUCUCUCUCUCUCUCUCUCUCUCUCUCUCUCUCUCUCUCUCUCUCUCUCUCUCUCUCUCUC